AUGGCAAACUGGUUUGUGAAUGAUGGUCCAAAGCUUAUCAUAUUAUUGUUGUGGUUGGGAGUCAACACUUUACUUUUUCUCCAUACUUUCUUCCUGUAUGAACAAGAAGCAGCAUAUAUUUAUACCCGAGCAAUGCUUGGGUCAGCAUUGGCUUGGUCAAGAGCAUCUGCAAUGUGUCUCAACUUCAACAGUCUCCUGAUUCUGCUGCCAGUCAGUCGAAAUCUGAUUUCACUUUUGAGAGGAUCGUGUAAUUAUUGUCGAAGCAAUAUCAGAAAACAACUAGAUAAAAACAUCAGAUUUCAUCAGAUUGUUGCCUACAUGAUAAUCCUACAUACAGUUAUUCAUGUAAUUGCACAUCUGUUCAAUCUUGAACGAUACCACGCAAGUUAUUCACCUGUUGCCAAAGACUUACUGAUCAGGCUUUCCAGCAUUGGGAAGAACUCCAGUGAAAACUACCUCAACCCCAUCAGAACGUAUGACACGAACCCAGUGAAAGAGCUAUUAAGUAGUGCAGCUGGAGUGACUGGCAUCAUUAUUACUGUGGCUUUCGUUCUGAUGGUGACUUCUUCCACGUGGGUUAUUGUGAAGUCAUUUUAUGAAGUGUUUUGGUUCACUCACCAUCUCUUCAUUAUAUUUUUUAUUGGUCUCAUCAUUCAUGGGUCUGGCCGCAUUGUUCGAGGACAAACCCGUCAGAGUCUUCAGGAGCACAAUGUUACAUACUGCAAAGAUCAUUAUGAAGAAUGGGGAGACAUCCCAGAAUGCCCAUUACCACAGUUUGCUGGAAAUGAACCAGUAACUUGGAAAUGGGUUUUGGGUCCUGUUUUUCUGUACAUUUGUGAAAGAUUGAUUCGAUAUUAUAGAUCUCUGCAAAAAGUCGUGAUUACAAAGGUGAUUGUACAUCCCUCCAGGGUACUUGAGCUUCAAAUGAAAAAACAAGGCUUUAAAAUGAAAGCUGGUCAGUACAUCUUCCUGCACUGUCCUUCAAUAUCUCGAUAUGAAUGGCAUCCAUUCACAUUAACUUCUGCCUCUGAAGAAGACCACUUUAGCAUUCAUAUGAGAGCCAUGGGAGACUGGACAAGUGCUCUCUAUGAGGCCUGUGGAGCUCAUUUAAGGGGAUUUCGGGAAGCAUGGAAGAUGCCAAGAGUUGCAGUUGAUGGUCCUUUUGGAACUGCCUGUAUAGACGUAUUCUAUUAUGAAGUUAGUGUGUUGAUUGCUACAGGAAUUGGAGUGACCCCCUUUGCUUCUGUAUUGAAAUCUAUUUGGUAUAAAUACAAUCAACCAGCAACAACAAUGAAAGUAGAAAGGGUUUACUUCUAUUGGAUAUGCCGGGAUACCCAUUCUUUUGAAUGGUUUGCAGAUCUCUUGCAAUCUCUGGAAGUACAAUUGAUGGAGAGAGGAAGGAGUCGCUUUCUGAGUUAUCACAUUUUCCUCACUGCCUGGGAUGAAUACCAGGCUGCUCAUAUUGCCUUGCAUUAUGAAGAAAACAAAGAUGUUAUCACCGGGCUGAAACAGAAGACUUUUUACGGCAGGCCAGAUUGGAACAAGGAGUUCAAACGCAUAGCUGAUGAUCACCCUGGGUAAGGCCUUUGAUGCUUUAAUGGAUUAGUGAU